AUGUCUGUGAGACCAAGCUCGUCGAGGGGCCCGAGUUCUAAGAGUUCAACCGGCGGUAGCUUGCGGUACGGGAAGAGAACUUCUCGAGAUGACUCCUUUAUCAACUUGAGGAGAGCAGAGACUUCAGCUGGCUUUAAGUCGUACGCGCCUACUCGAGGACAGUUGCCCACACCGGAAGCGAGCCCACCGCUGUCAGAUUCUCCCCGAAAACCCUUCGUCCCCGUCAUCAGGAUGCCUACCCCCGAGUCCUUCAACGAGGGUCCUCCCCAAGAGAUCGGCAUGGCGCUGGGAAGUCCUACUGUGAGCAGCCCGCCGAGCGGGAGCCUUCGAGAUCGAGACGCCGCUGCUCUCCGGCUUCAGCAAACUUCAAGUCCGAAUCUAGCCGUCUCCGCGGCAGCCUCGGACAUAGGUAGCCUAUAUUCACACGAUACUAAGCCCGCUUCCAAGAAGCAGCCGGGGAGGUGGAGGUUGUUCGGAAUGUUCGGGAAGAGGCCAUCUGACAAUCAGAACACGAGUCCGAGCGAGCAGAGAGAUGCACCGAAGCCGGGGCCGCCUCCAGAUAUACCUUCGUCAUCAUCUGCCUGGCAAGAGUCUAGGGUAGAGAGGAGUAACACUGUCGGCACACGUGGCGCACCGAGACAUAAACCGAUCGUAGUCAGGUCCCAGACGUUGCCUUACAACGCGGAAAACCCGGCCCAGAAGUCCAAAACCUCGUUGAGGGACAGGACUGCUCAGGAUGCGUCUGGCGGGAUGCCCCAAGUGCCUAAUGCCGGCGGGCCCUUGUUGAACGUCGAGAUCCCAUCCGUCACGAUGGAGAGAUAUAGUGUGAUGUUUGGAAGCGUAUUGCAAUCUCGGUCAGGGUCACAGCCGCAGGCGCGCUCGCAAUCACAAUCACCUUCGCAACCUUCACUACUGGCUAGGCGGCAAGCCACAGUUCAAAAGCUGAAGAGUAUCGACGACGCUAUAAGCAAAGAGAAGUCCCGCGAGUAUCCAAGGAGGGCAUCGUCACCCCAACCAGGAGCCAAGUCACCACCAGUUACUCUAUUCCCGCCCGGUCCGCUGGCGAUCCCCGCUCACACUCCGCCCUCCUAUAACGGCUCGUCCCUGCACAGAUCUAACACGUCGCCGGCGCUACUGCGAUCUCCGGCUUGGGGAACGUUCGACCGCUCUCCGGCCUCGAUCCAGCGACAAGCGCGUGACGACGAUGCUCGGGAGGCGGGUUCGUACAAAGAGCCGCCGUCGACGGUGCACCCACGGCAGAAGGGCAGGCUCACGAUAGCGACGCUCGCGCGGGCGCGAGAGCAGCAUCCGCUGCCGGCCACGCGGGAGAAGCUGCCACAGCCGGUGGCCCAGCGCGCGAGCUUCGUACUUGAGUCGCCAUCCGAGAUUUCAUCACCCGAGGUUGAGGUUUUCCGGUCGGAGGAGCCUCUACGUCUGCGUCCCGCGUACGCCGAGCGUGAGCCUGAAUGGGAGAUGGUAGCGCCACCGCCGCAACAACAGAGCAGCACGCCGAGCGACCUUAAGAAACGCCUCCCGUCAUCCCCGGCGCCAGCGCCGUCUUCGCCAGCCCCCGCUCCCCCACCACCCCCACUUCUAGUCGCUGUCGGCGAUGACGAUGACGACGAUGACGACGGCAUCCCCGAGAACACGUCGAACAUGAGCCCGGUGGAGCUCUCGAUCGCGCGACAGAUCUCCGUCUCGCGGCAGCAGCGCAAGAUGCUGAAGCCGUCGCUCAAAAAGGCGGCGGCGGCCUCGGCUGCGCGCCCGCGGCCCGCGGUGCCCAAGUACAAGCCCACGCCCGUCAUCGCCGUCGGCAAGGACGAGCGCUACGCUGAGAUUAAGAGCGCGAUGCCGGUGCUCGUCGUGCCGUACCGCGAGGCUACCACCACUGCUGCUGCUGCUGCUGCCACCGCCACCGCUGCCGCCUCCACCACCGCUCCUGCCGCUAUCCCUAGCGGCAGCGGCAACAAGUUGACGCCCUCACCCGCGCUCAAGAGCCGCAACGGCGAGCCCGCGUAA